AUGCUCGAAGCACGAAGAAAUGCCACAAUACAGCCACCACUAUCACAGGCUGUCGGGUUCAUGACGGCGAACCGAACUGUCCGUACAGGCUUGACAGCAUCUGCGGUGAUAUCUUCAUGGCUCUGGACUACGGCAAUGCUUGGGUCGUCCUUUGUCGGAUACGACUACGGAGUUGCAGGUCCUUUCUGGUUCGCAGCCGGAUGCAGUCCAAUGAUUGUGUUUUUCGCUCUCCUGGGUAUCUCCUGCAAACGAAAAAUUCCUGAGGCUCAUACGUCCCUUGAGGUCGUUCGCAUCCGAUACGGUCGAGUUGCCCAUGCAGUGUUUAUGGUACUUUGUUUGAUCAAUAAUAUCUUUGCGUGCGCCAAUAUGCUUCUUGGAGCUGCCGCUGUUAUUUCAUCUCUGAGGCAUCAAAGCAACGUGGGUACAACAACCGAAAUGCCUGGGGAGGUAGUGGCUAAUGUCCUGACCAGGUUCCUUACGGAUUAUUUCCAUACGACAAUUAUCUUGAUCAUCGCUUGCUACUUUUCUAUCAAGGCCUUCACAUUUGAGGGAAUUGGGUCGAUCGGUAAUCUAUAUGAUCUUCUAAAUGUAGCAGGACAAAAUCAUCCUGUGUCUGGCAACAAGGACGGAACAUACCUGACCAUGACCUCGAAGGGGGGAAUCUUGUUCGGCAUCCUUCAUAUCUGUUCUAACUUUGGCCUUGUCAUUAUGGACACAAGUUACUUCAUCAAAGCGUUUUCAGCUGCCCCUUCAUCAGUCGUUCCGGGUUACACCAUUGGAGGGAUCGCGUACUUUAGCAUUCCCUGGGGCUUAGGCACGAUAAUGAGUUCUGUAGCACUGGGCCUUGAAAACCAACCCGCAUUUCCAACCUAUCCACGGAGAAUGACUUCAACUGAGGUCAGCAAUGGCUUGGUCCUACCGUACGCUGCUAUCACUAUCGCAGGGAAAGGAGGAGCCGCAGCGAUUCUCCUGAUUACCUUCAUGGCAGUGACAUCCACGCUCUCCGCCCAGGUCAUUGCCGUCAGCUCUAUCCUCAGUUUCGAUGUCUAUCGUGAAUAUUUCAAAAAGAGUGCGUCGGACCGGGAUAUCAUCCGUGCAAGCCAUUUUGGAACCUGGGUUGGACUUUGUAUAUGCUGGAGCAAAGCUGCAGCCAUUCUCUCACCUAUUCUGGGUAUGGCAACUGGGAUCGGCGUAUGGCUAGGGACAGCGCAACACUUCUACGGAUCCGUUUCAGUGUCGACUACUGGGCAGAUACUUCCCUGUGUCUAUGGUACGGUUGGGAGUGCCCUGUCGCCAAUACUGUACUCUGUGGUAAUCACCGCUAUUCGACCGCAGAACUACAACUGGGAUGAUUUCAGAAAGGAAAAGCUGGCUUUAGAACGACUCCAAAGUGAUCUCACCACAGUGCAGAGUCGGAACCCUGAAGAUGGUCGAGAUGGAAGUCAAUUGGAGCAUGGUAGACCUUCUUUCGACCCCCGUGAAUUGAAGAGAUGGGGGCGGAUUGCAGCGUUCUGGUCUGUUGCGACAUUCCUCGGCCACUGGGUCCUCUGGCCGCUGCCCAUGUACGGGUCCAAUUAUGUCUUUGGGAAGAGGGUUUGUUUUGCCGGUCGAUCUUCGAUAGAAAUUCCUGCUAACCCGUCCUAG